AUGGGUCCCAAAAUGACCGAGGCGGCGCAGACGCGCCUAAAGCGCGUUGGGGCGGCGUUGGGCCUCGAUUUUAAGUUCGGAGGGUAUAUGGGUAGCUCAAGGCUUGCGCACGUACUUCUACAUACCACCGGUGCGGAGAAGGGGCUUGUGAUGCAAGGUAUGGUUUCUGAUAUAUUAUUCCGGUAUCAGUUGGAGCUGGAGGAGGAUAUCAGUUGUGUUGAUACGCUUGUGAGGGCUGCGGUGGAGGUGGAGGUGGGGCUGGAGGCGGGGGAGGUUAGGGAGUGGUUGGCUGGGGAAGGGGCGGGGCGUGGAGUACGGGAGAUUAUUGAGGAGGAGGCGAAGAAGAUUAGGGAGGGGGGCGUUCAGGGGGUGCCACAUUUCAUUAUCGGUGGGAAUUAUCAUAUCGAUGGGGCGGUGGAUGUUACAGAGUUUUUUCAGAAGGUAGUGGAGUUUAAGGAAAGGGAAGGAGGAGGAGGAGGAGGUGGUGGUGAUGGUGGGCUAGUGGUGACGACGGGCGCGAGUUGUAAGUUGUCUCCGGGCAGAGGGAAAAUGGUAUGUUAG